ACAAUGGUGGAGGAAAAGCAGCGCCAAAAACCCUAAAACUCUGUAACCCUAACCGAAACAAAACCCUAAACCCCAAAUUGAGCUCAGUCUCUGAUGGCAACGUCCCUGCUGGAAAUACCAACCAAUGUGCUCCACAGAAAGCACAAUCACCUCGCCUUCUUCUCCAAUGGCGCUAGUGCAAGGAGCAGUGUCCCCAUUUCGCAUGAGAGGAGAUCGCGUUUCUUCCCCAUAGUGUCAAUGACAGCCACACCGGUUCAGACUUUUCUUGAAAAGUCAGCACCUUCGCCUCAAAACACUGGCCUUCCAAUAAUGGUUAAUGCAUGUACUGGAAAAAUGGGAAAGGCUGUCAUUAAUGCAGCAGAAGCUGCUGGAUUGCAUGUUGUUCCCGUAUCAUUUGGGUGUGAAGAGGAGUCUGGAAAGACUUUUCAGGUCUGUGGAAAGGAGUUUCUUGUGGAUGGUCCUUCUGACAGGGAGAGUGUUCUUCUAACUGUCCUUGAUAAAUAUCCGAAUUUGAUUGUCGUGGACUACACAGUUCCAACUGCAGUCAAUGGCAAUGCAGAGUUAUACUGUAAGGUCGGGGUGCCCUUCGUGAUGGGAACCACCGGUGGAGAUAGGGACCUAUUGUAUAAGACUGUUGAAGACUCAAAGAUUUAUGCUGUAAUAUCCCCGCAAAUGGGAAAGCAGGUUGUUGCUUUUCUUGCGGCCAUGGAAAUUAUGGCAGAGCAAUUUCCUGGAGCCUUCUCUGGGUAUUCCUUACAGGUAUUGGAGUCUCAUCAAGCCAGCAAAGCUGAUGCAUCUGGGACUGCGAAGGCUGUAAUUUCUUGCUUCAACAAACUUGGGGUGUCUUUCAACAUGGAUCAGAUACAAUUGAUCAGGGAUCCCAAGGAACAACUUGAAAUGGUGGGAGUCCCAGAGGAGCAUUUAUUGGGUCAUGCGUUUCAUAUGUAUCAUUUGACAUCACCAGAUGACACAGUUUCAUUUGAGUUUCAACAUAAUGUUUGUGGUAGAUCAAUAUAUGCAGAGGGCACUGUUGAUGCUGUAAUUUUUCUUGCUAAGCAGAUUGAAACAAAGGAUCACAAGAGAAUAUACAAUAUGAUUGAUGUCUUGCGACAGGGCAAUAUGCGAUGAAAUUUUCCUUGCAAUCUGGAUGCAAGAUGUCAACUGGAGAACUUGCUUAACGAGAUUUGAUAUUCUGGUUUUUGAGAACCAAGCAAUUUUCAUCUUUUGUUCAUUGUUCAUCUCUGUCUAAGUUGAGGAAAGCUUAUUGAGUGUACUAUGUAUCUGUGUAUCGUCCAGAACUAUGUAAACACUCAGUUUUUUUUUUUGGAUCAGUUUCAAGAUUUUUGUUUAGUUUCUCAUAACCUUAAUUAACCACGUCACCUUAAAAU